UAUUAUUACACAAAAAUAUUACUCCCUCUGUCCUAGUUUAUCCUACCCCUUUUCUUUUCAUAGCGGAUGCGAACAUCUCUGCCUUUGCCUUAUAAAAAGAAACAGAAAAGUUGUCCUUCCACCAUUGUUGGAUGUUGCAACCCUUCCGGACUUCAUCUGCUCCUACUUCAUCCAAUACGGUUGGCCUAAGAUCUAUUAAUUGUUCUGUUGUCACUACGAUGUCAAAGUCAGUGGAAUUCGCAUCCAAAAUGGUGGCUUCUUUAUGCAUUAACUAUAAGAUGAUGAACGCUAUAAGGAAUCUUCUUGGCAUUCCCAUUGUUCCACCUGAUUUGGUCCCCACAACAACUCUACACAAUCCUACAUCUACUGACAUGGAAUCUGUGGAGCGUACGGUUGGGGAUUCAGUGAGAGUCCCUGCUGCUGAUGGUGUUUCUAUUGAAGGUAUUGUUAAUGCCUUUCCAUCAGAUCUUGUAGUUGUUGAUACACACGUAGAUGCAUCGGGUAAGGGAGACGUUGCAAAGGAUCAAACAUUGAGCAAUGUCAUCAUCGCAUGUAGCCUUGUGUCUCCGUCCAAAACCACUCAAGUAGCAGAUGUGAAUUAUACGCAACCAGAGAUCUCACUGUCCUUUGAUAUCAUCCAGUCCUCUGGCCAUGCGAAUAUAGUGGAGUCCGAGUAUUGGGUUUCACCGCAGGUAGCUAAGUUUGCAUUUGCUCUUCUCUCUUAUGUCCAUCGCUAUACUCCAAUUUGCAGGCUUAAUGACGAUCUAUCAUCAAGUGGGCAUACUCUUUGGGUCAACAUUUUCUCUCCAGUCUCGAAGCAUGAGUGGGAGCCUCCACCUUGAGGACAAGGUUAGCGUUAGGGUUUCCUUUUUCCCUAUAUAAAGAGAUGUAACCUCAUUUAGAGUAAAUCAAUCAAUAAACAAUUCAAAACCCUAAUUCCUUCUCCCCUCUCGGUUCGCCGAUUCCCUCUUCGCCUCAAUUCUUCUUCUUCUUCCUCGUCCCAUAUUCUCAAGAGCUCGAAGACGCUCUGAGUCUUCCCUAUCCGAUAUGAGUCCGUAUCAAAUCGUUGCGUCCUCAUAUGGGCGACGGAAAAAAACCGUCGCCUAACGCCACUUAAUUAAAAACAACGUAGAAACAAGUCGGGCUAGCAAGUUGCCGU